AUGCUGAAAUCGGCUACAGGUACACUAGCCAAUGUCCUAAAAAGGUCUUUGGUUCCUGCAGUGAGAGUCAGUGCAGUUGUGCCAGCUAGAAGAUCACAUGGUGGUCCAGUGGAAUCCGAUGAAGAAUUCGAUAGCAGAUAUGAAGCUUUCUUCAAUAGAAAAGAUAUUGAUGGGUGGGAGAUCCGCAAAGGAAUGAAUGACAUCUGUGGUAUGGACCUGGUGCCUGACCCAAGGAUCAUCAAAGCCGCUCUACAUGCUUGCAGGCGGGUCAAUGAUUAUGCUCUUGCAAUCAGGUUUAUUGAAGCAUGCAAAGAUAAAUGUGGACCUAAAGUGAAUGAAAUUUACCCAUACAUUAUUCAAGAGAUCAAGCCAACACUUACUGAACUUGGCAUCGAUACCCCUGAGGAGCUCGGCUAUGACAAACCAGAAUUAGCUUUAGAGAAUGUUUAUGAAAUGUAA